CCGCAGUCCCGCGCCCGCCGCCCGCCGCCAUGAGCUUCGCCGUGAGCUUCGGCGGCGACGCGCUGCUCUUCGGGGCCCCGCCGCCCGGCCCGCACCCCGCGCUGCUCCGCAAGGGCGCGCGCUCGGCCUCCGGCUCGUCCGGCGGCUUCCACUCGUGGGCGCGGCCCGCCGGCUCCUCCGCCUCCCCGGGCCGCCCGCGCGGGGCCGCGGCCGCCUCCAGCUCCGACUCGCUGGACGCGCCGAGCAACGGCUCCGAGGGCUGCCUGGGGGCGGCGGCCGCGGCGCGCAGCGAGAAGGAGCAGCUGCAGGCGCUCAACGACCGCUUCGCCGGCUACAUCGACAAGGUGCGGCAGCUCGAGGCGCACAACCGCAGCCUGGAGGGCGAGGCGGCGGCGCUGCGGCAGCAGCGGGCGGGCCGCGCCGCCAUGGGCGAGCUGUUCGAGCGCGAGGUGCGGGAGAUGCGCGGCGCGGUGCUGCGCCUGGGGGCGGCGCGCGGGCAGCUGCGGCUGGAGCAGGAGCACCUGCUGGCCGACAUCGCGCACGCGCGCCAGCGCCUGGACGACGAGGCCCGGCAGCGCGAGGAGGCCGAGGCGGCGGCGCGCGCGCUGCUCCGUUUCGCGCAGGACGCGGCGGCGGCGCGCGCCGAGCUGCAGAAGAAGGAGCGCGCGCUGCGGGACGAGUGCGGCGACCUGCGGCGCCUGCACCGCGAAGAGGUGGCCGAGCUGCUGGGCCGGCUGCAGGGCUGCGGCGCCGCGCAGGCGCAGGCGCAGGCGGACGCGCGGGACGCGCUCAAGUGCGACGUGACGGCGGCGCUGCGCGACAUCCGCGCGCAGCUGGAGGGUCACGCGGUGCAGAGCACGCGGCAGUCGGAGGCGUGGUUCCGAGUGAGGCUGGACUGGCUGUCCGAGGCAGCCAAGGUGAACACGGACGCCAUGCGCACCGCACAGGAGGAGAUCUGUGAGUACCGGCGCCAGCUGCAGGCCAGGACCACAGAGCUGGAGGCCCUCAGAGGCACCAAGGACUCCCUGGAGAGGCAGCGCUCCGAGCUGGAGGACCGGCACCAGGCCGAUAUCGCGUCCUACCAGGAAGCCAUCCAGCAGCUGGACGCGGAGCUGAGGAACACCAAGUGGGAGAUGGCGGCCCAGCUCCGAGAGUACCAGGACCUGCUCAAUGUCAAGAUGGCCCUGGACAUCGAGAUCGCUGCUUACAGAAAACUCUUGGAGGGUGAAGAGUGUCGGAUUGGUUUUGGCCCUAGUCCUUUCUCCUUUCCAGAAGAGUUCCCCAGGACCCCCUCCACGUCUACUCACAUAAAAGUCAAAAGUGAAGAGAUGAUCGAGAUGGUAGAAAAGUCAGAGAAGGAAACAGUGAUUGUGGAGGAGCAGACCGAGGAGAUCCAAGUGACAGAAGAAGUGACGGAAGAGGAGGAGAGGGAGGCCAAAGAGGAGGAGGCGGCAGGAGAGGAAGAAGCAGCAAAGUCUCCUGCUGCAGAAGAGAUCGCACCCCCAGGGAGCGGAGAGGCCAAGUCUCCAGAGAAGGCUAAGUCCCCCACAAAAGAGGAGGCAAAGUCACCAUCCGGGGCCAAGUCACCAGCGGAAGCCAAGUCCCCUGAGAAGGCCAAGACCCCAGUGGAAGCCAAGUCCCCUGAGAAGGCCAAGACUCUGGAUGUGAAAUCUCCAGAAGUCAAGACCCCAGUGGAAGCCAAAUCCCCUGAGAAGGCCAAGACCCCAGUGGAAACCAAGUCCCCUGAGAAGGCCAAGACUCUGGAUGUGAAAUCUCCAGAAGUCAAGUCCCCUGAGAAGGCCAAGACCCCAGUGGAAGCCAAGUCCCCUGAGAAGGCCAAGACUCUGGAUGUGAAAUCUCCAGAAGUCAAGUCCCCUGAGAAGGCCAAGACCCCAGUGGAAGCCAAGGCCCCUGAGAAAGCCAAGACUCUGGAUGUGAAAUCUCCAGAAGUCAAGACCCCAGUGGAAGUCAAGUCCCCUGAGAAGGCCAAGACCCCAGUGGAAGCCAAGUCCCCUGAGAAGGCCAAGACUCUGGAUGUGAAAUCUCCAGAAGUCAAGUCCCCUGAGAAGGCCAAGACCCCAGUGGAAGCCAAGGCCCCUGAGAAAGCCAAGACUCUGGAUGUGAAAUCUCCAGAAGUCAAGACCCCAGUGGAAGCCAAGUCCCCUGAGAAGGCCAAGACUCUGGAUGUGAAAUCUCCAGAAGUCAAGUCCCCUGAGAAGGCCAAGACCCCAGUGGAAGCUAAGUCCCCUGAGAAGGCCAAGACUCUGGAUGUGAAAUCUCCAGAAGUCAAGACCCCAGUGGAAGCCAAGUCCCCUGAGAAGGCCAAGACUCUGGAUGUGAAAUCUCCAGAAGUCAAGUCCCCUGAGAAGGCCAAGACCCCAGUGGAAGUCAAGGCCCCUGAGAAAGCCAAGACUCUGGAUGUGAAAUCUCCAGAAGUCAAGACCCCAGUGGAAGCCAAGUCCCCUGAGAAGGCCAAGACUCUGGAUGUGAAAUCUCCAGAAGUCAAGUCCCCUGAGAAGGCCAAGACCCCAGUGGAAGUCAAGGCCCCUGAGAAAGCCAAGACUCUGGAUGUGAAAUCUCCAGAAGUCAAGACCCCAGUGGAGGAGGUCAGGUCCCCUGCAGACAUUGGAUCCCCUGAGAAGGCCAAGGCCCUGGAGAAGGAGACGCCAAAGAAGGAAGAGGCUAAGUCACCCAUGAAGCAGGAGGAGAAGUCCCAGGAGGUCAAGAUCAAAGAGCCCUCAAAGAAGACAGAGGAAGAAAAAGCGCCAGUUCCGCCCCCAGCCGAGGAUAAGAAGGACAGCAAGAAAGAAGAGGCACCCAAGAAGGAGGUGCCAAAGCCCCAGGCGGGGAAGGAAGUCGCUGCGGAGCAGCCCAGAGAAUCCAAAGCUGCGGCCAAGGAGGACGCAGCUGGUGAAAAGAAAAAGGCAGUGACCCCGGAGAAGGAGGCUCCUGCCAGGGACAAGGAGGAGGACAAGCCCAGGAAGCCGGAGCUGGCCAAGGCCAGAGAACCCAGCAAGACGGCAGAGAAAGAGCCGGAAAAGCCUCCGAAGGGAGCGCCACCGGCAGCUGCUGAGAAGGAGGAGAAGGUCACGGAGGCCAAGAAACCCGAGGAGAAACCCGUAACCAAGGAGGCCUCUGCUCCCGCCAAAGCCAAGACAGAAAAGGCUGAGAAGUCCUCAGGCACGGACCAGAGAGACAGCAGGCCCUCAGAGAAGGUCCCGGAAGACAAGGCUUCCAAGGUGGAGAAGUAAAGCAGGGAGCAAGACGGCCAGAGACUGUGGGGGGGGGGGGUGGCAGUCAGCUCAGUGAAUUGUCCCCUCUCCUUUGCUUCACGUAGGAAAGUCUGCGUCCCCUGCGGGGCCCUCAGGCGGGAGUUUUAGUAGCAGUAAGUUAGAGAGGCACCGCAGCCCUUGCCCCACGCCCACCCUCCCCAGGCGAUGGACAGUGAUGGCUUGUGUAGCUGAAUGUGAGCCAUGCCAGAUGCCACACGUCACGGUCGACUAUAAAACCGACCCUCCCCCAGAUAAGUGCAUUACUUCCCGUAUGGAUGCCCAGCUGGCAGGUGACCGCAGUGCGGAAUGGGCAGUUAGAAACACAUCAUGCUUGACAUGUCCUAGCCUAUUCCCAGAUGCCUUCUGUUUUCCAAAGGAGCGGUGGCCCCACCCAGCGCACUGUCCCGGGCGGGCUGAAGCGGCUGGGCUGGGCUCUGGCCCUCAGUGCCGGACACUUCCACCGUUCAGUUGCUGCAAUAAAACCAAGUGCUGAUAAAACCUA